AUGAUUUAUAGUGUGACAAAAACAAGGAUGAGAUGUACAACAUCGCAGUUUCAGAACAUAACAAGAAAACGAAGAUCAACAUCAAUUCAUGAAACGCUGGUGGUCACAUUUGAUGGUCUCCCGCCUGUGUAUGGCGCAAACGUCACAUCGUUCAAAUAUGUUCCUGAUCCCGUUAUAACUGAUAUUACACCACGUAUCACGUUCCCAAGGUAGGAACACAAGUUGCGGACUUACUGUAUGUCAAUGAUGCAUGUCCUGUAUCUACCUGAUGCAACUUUUCAGAUAGUUGCAUUAUACACACAUUUCCACAAAUUAUUAUCAGUCAGCCCAGAACUAUAGUGUAUUAUAUAAUGCUCGCUUGGAUUAUCCACCAAAUCCGGCAUUCAAAUUCAACCAAGUGAAGUGCAAUAACAUCUUUCAAAUAGAGAUUUAAAAUAUUUUUUCGAUAGUUUUAAAGUAUAGCGAUGUUUUAAUAGUUUUUAGUUCCCAACCUUCAGAAUAACUGUAGCAGGCCUAGCCAGUGGGCUGCUAUGCCUGGGCAAACUAAUAGACAUUCUUGCAAAAAUAUUACGACGACUUUCUACGGAAUAUUUUCAUCUUGGGAAACGUUGUGGUAACAGAAAAACAGAAACUAUUUCCCAACUAAUUCAUAUUUCCUUGCUGUGAAUUUCGUUGCGGAAACAAUGUUUAUUCUUUUGCCUAGCCGAAAAGCGUUAGCUGUAUGAUCAUCACAGCCAAUGAAAGUAUCCACAGGAGCUAAUUACGCUAAUAUAUUUAUUUGCUGUGGUAAAAAUCUAUCGUUGGUAGAUAGCUUCGUUAACACAAUUUUUCUUCUUUCUUUUAAGUUCUGACCGACAAAUUAAUGUCACUGGUUCCGGCUUGAAUGGCAUACAUUCUCCUAGAAUUAGAUUGACAUUCCAGGACAAAAAUGAUGUUGAAAGUGUGAGUCAUAGUUAAAAAUACUAACUUGGCUUUUCCUGAAUUAUAACACAUAACAUAUAUAUUAUGAACUGACAUUAGUACACACGUGAUCAUUAUAAUGCUAGAAGUGAGCUUCAUAUAUAUCUGGGGUGAGAAGUGCCAGUCCCCGCUAUCGUUUUUGUCUGCGCGGUUAACACGAUGAUGAGUGUGCCGAAAUUUCAUGUUUUGACUUCGAUUUAAGGGGUAAUGUUAUGAUUUUAUGAACUGAUACCUUGAUUAGCGAUACUAUUUGUUGGAAACCACUGAACUUAGAUAGGGAAACGGGUACGAAAACUGUAUGUAUAAACCGCCUAUCUUUUUCUUGAAGACAAAUCUGACCAGACACGCGUCGCGAUUCUCUCACGGAACAAUUAUUACCAAAAAAAUAAGAAUCAACUAAAAGAAAAAUCUACUAGGAAUUUUUACCUGAAUAAAUGCAUUGAUUUUGAGCGCUGUUAAAAAACCGGUUAUGGAUUUGGCCAGAGCAAUGCCAGAGCCCCUCGUCGCGCUCCGUUGACCGCGCGUAAGAAGGGCCCUGGGUACGAGAAUGCCUCGUACACAGGAUUUCCUCGUUUCCAGGGCUUCUCGGCUUACGGUAACGCAGGCAGCCGAGAAGCCCUGGGAACGAGGAUGCUGCGCUUAUUGCUCUCUCAGAAGCCUUGGGUUUGAGGUUGGUUUGACUUCAAAUUUCCGGUUGGAGGUAGCGUUCCAGUUAUGUUCAUUUCCAACAUGAUCUCUUCUCAAAAUUAAGGCUAUGUCUUAAUUGUAAAACUUUUGAAAAUUAAGGAUAUGGCUUAAAUUUGAAAUUCUCCAAAAUUAAAUUCUACAGAAUUAAAAAAAUAAGGUCGCCAGAUUUGGAUUAGAUUAGUGUGAGACUAAGAUUAGGGUUAGGGGUUAGAGGUUAGGGUUAGAUGGGGGUUAGGGUUCAAAUUAUUAAGGCAAUGUCUUCGGCUUUGUUUUGCUCAGGUUCUGCUGUGGCUGCGUUCUGCUGCGAUAGAAUAAUUAGUACUGUAGAUGUUUCUUUGAUCUCUGCGACGCCAGCCUCGUACUCUGGCGCUUUAGAGUGAAAAAUAUAAUCGCCCUAAGCUGCUCGCUUAGGCAGGGCGCUUAUAUAUCAGGGCGCUUAUACAUAAGCGUCCUGCUUCCAAAGCCCCUGCGCGCUCGCUCAGCUUAGCCACUGAUCUCUUUAUAAUAGCUUAGUGCGAUCAUAUAUUUUUUCUCUGAGGCGCCUGGGUACGAGGCUGCUGCGAAUGCAGUUAUAAGUGUUAUUAUAAUCACAGAGGAGAGACAUACAGAACCGUAACUAGUGUACCCACUUUUUUGUGCGCAUGCUCGGCAAGUUAUUAGAUGCAUGCAUCUGAUUGGAUGACGACCUGAUGACGAUUCACUUUAAACUUGCCGAGCAUGCGCAGUUGAUCAUUUUUCGCCCGGUCGCCUUAAAAAAAGUGGGUACAUUAUAACGUAAUCUUCCGCAGUGUUUACGACGGUCAGUUACGGCUCUGUAUGUAUCUACUCUGUGUUAUAAUGCUGUCUCAGUCGCAUGUUAAAAGAGCAUAUACCAGAGAUUUUAUCUCUGCAAAUACUCUUGUUUCCUCUUGUUAUAGCACUGGACCACGGAUAACUUUAAGGCUUGGGAUUGGAUAGGUUUCAUUCUUUUGAGAUUCAGGAGUUAAAAAUAUUUUUGAAAUUUAUAUCAUUGUGAUACAUGUGUUAUUAUAUUGAUUUCUUUCAUUUCGUGUUAUUUAGAUUUGUGGCAAACCCAGCUACGGUAACAUGAUCUGUCCUUUUCCAAAUUUAACAAGAACCUUGACAGCUCAUCUUCAAGCUGAACUUUCAUUUUCCUUGGACGCGGUGACAACAUGGGAGGUUUUCAGUGGAUAUCCAAAGUUUAAAUCAAUGACCAUUGUUCCAGAUCCAAUUAUAACUAAAUUUGAUGAUGUUUUUGUUUUAAAGACCCUCACACUCGAGAUUAAGGUAGGCGUUAGAAGUUAUUAUAGUUAG